CUCCAAACUCUGGUCGUACCAUGUGGGCUUUGUCUCCUGAGACUGGGCAAUAAACAAAUGUUCAUUCCUAAAAGGAUGACAAGCCCACCAGCACGAUUUCCAAUGGUUGAUGACCUCGCCAUGGGACCACAGUCCAGUGUUGCCGACUGAAAACGCUCUACGGACCGACGAGAAAGCCAUCUAUCAAAGGUGCUUGAAUUAAGUACCUAGGUACCUAGGUACCGAGAGAAUCGCUUCCAGCACCUGAUCCCACCAGCGCCCACGACACGAUGAGGUUCUCUGCCAUCGGACCUGUUCUUCUCGGCCUUGGGGCCCUUGCACUGACACUGCUGUGUCUUUUUGCUGGCUCCACAACGUCGUUCCUGCCCGAGUUUUCACUCAUCACAGUCAACACCUCGCAAAUCGGCCAAGGCAUCCUCAACAGCAGCUAUGUCGACAGUCAUCCCGAGCUGGCCGGAAUUCUGGAUUCAAUCCCACCAUUCCUGCAAGAUGAUGCCGAGGACUUACUGAAUGCGGCCCUCCAGCGGCUGGGCAUCCAUGACUUCUAUACGGCCAACCUCAUGACCUAUUGUGAGGGCUACUACGAGCCAAAGGCGGUCCCCAACGAGACCGUCUCCCGCAGCGAUAUCUCGCGCAACUUCACAUAUUGCAGCCCCCGCAGCGCCAACUUCCAAUUCGACCCCCGAGACGCCCUGCAGCGCGACCUGAACGCCUCGGGCAAUAGCUGGCUGAACGUCUCGGACCUGAGCUGGCCGGAUGAGAUCGACCGUGGCAUCGACGCUAUUCACAUCGUGCAGCGCGUGGCCUUCAUCAUCUACUGUGUCUCGAUCGGGGUAAUCGGCCUCGCGACGCUUGGGUCCAUCAUCUCCUUUGCCUUCUCGGGCCGAAUGUCCGCCUGCGCAAAUAUCUUCCUCGCGCUAUUAGCAUUCCUGGUCGUCGCCGUCGCCAGUGCUCUCGCGACUGCGAUCGCGGUGAUCGGCGCCCGCGCCGUUGACCAGUAUGCCGAGCAGGUCGGCGUUACGGCGGACCCGGGGAGGAGGUUCCUGGGCCUGACGUGGGGUGCCACGGCCGCCAUGCUGGUUUGCGUGGUCUGGUGGUCGGUCGACUGCUGCAUCGGCCGCAGAGGGAGGAGGAGGAGGUUCUCGAGAGGCGAAAAGUAUCACUCAUGGGAUAAGUGAUCCGUACCUAUUUGAAUCUACAUCACGGCUCUUGGCAGCCGUGAGCCUUCAGUUGCCGGCUUACUGCCAUGAGGUUGGUCUCGCUUGCCCUCGGGCACGAGGAUGCAACAGGAGGCUUGCUCAACGUGGGGCCAGGGGGGAUUCUUUUGGCUAGCACACUUCGUCCCACUGGCUACAUAUGCUUAGUGGUUGGAAAAGACAGCACGAGUGACUGGCCAAGUUGGGCUGGAUAUGCACCUGCAACUGGGACUGGGACGAGAGAUAGGAUUGUGGCAAUGACGAGCCCCGGCAUUUGAGCUUCCUCAUGACCAAGACUUGGGAUAUUGCUCAAUUCACGGACAUUUGCGACUUCCGCUUCUCACAUUUUUCAUGAUAAUGACCGAGUUGCGGACGGGCUGCAAGCUUUGCACCGUCUCUGAGUCCAUGACAUACGCUUCAAGCAUGACUUUACACAGUCGGACAGAAAUCCAGUGAGAAAUUAUAGCAUGCAACGACGCAGUUUUCAUAGCUUCACAUUGAC